AAAAAAAAAAAGUAAAUUCCAUUUGAAAAAACCACGCAAAACACGCGCAAACAAACCCACCGGUCUCAUCAUCAAUUCAUAUCUCGCGCGGUGCAAAUUCAUCUCCAUCAAUGGAAAACCUCCCCUCUCCGCUACUCGUAGAAAUCCUCACCCGCCUAAACGACACCUCCGAUCUCGCACGAUGCAGACUCGUUUCAACCACCUUAAACCAAGCCUCAAACGAAGUCCGCUCGUUAACCCUCCUCUGUUCCAUGUCGCGUUACCUCAGAUCCCGAUCACCGGAAACCAAGCACCUCGUUACCCCUUUCAAGACCGUUUUGAAGAACCUCGUUCACCGAUCGCCUGAUUUCGAAUCAGUGUCGAUUGGCGUCGAUAGAUCGCUCGGGGGUGUCUCGUUUGAUGAUGUUGAAGAUGAGUCUGAUGAUCUUCAUCUGACGGAGUUUAAUUUUAUUCUUGAUUGGCUUCCGUGUGUUUCUCGGUCUAUCAAGAAGUUGUCUGUUUCGGAUUUCUGGGUUCAAUCUUGUUGGAGAAGAUCCAAAGCCUUGUCCCUCAUCUCUUCCACUUGUUAUGGUCUGGUGCAAUUGGUGAUUAGGAAUGCUUGGUUAGCAGUGGAUGGUUUGUGUUUGAUGCCCACAUUGACCAAUCUGACUCUUGAGUUUGUAAGAUUGGAUGACGAAGAUUUGAACAUGAUCAAUACUUGUUUCCCUAAUCUUACGCAACUUAAUCUUAUUGGAGUUGGAGGACUUAAAGAGCCCUCGAUUAAUCUCUCACAUCUUCAGACUUGUCAAUGGUCAGUUUCCAAUGCUCCUCUUUCUUUGACUAUAUGUGCACCAAGUCUGGUUGAUUUCCAUCUCAAGUGUAUCAAACCUAAGUUAAUUUUCCUCGAUGCACCUUCCUUGUCCAAUUUCAAUCUCUCUCUUGAGAAUACUGCUGAGUUAGUAUUGAAAAAUUGUGGUAACAUACAAUGCCUUCAGCUUGAGGUGGAAUGCCUCUCUCUUGGUUUCAUUUUAAGCAUGUUUCGCCGUUGCGUUGCGGUAGAGAGACUUAGCUUAGAUUUUGUGAGAAGAACACAGAUAGUUAUAGGGGUUGAAGUUGAUCUAGUGGAGUUUGCCUUUGAUAUACUGUUGAAUUAUUUCCCAAAUUUAAGAUAUCUUAGUUUAGGUUCCGGGGCUUGGCAUGCCACGGAGAGUUCUUUCCAAAGGGGUAGUUUUGAAAAUGCGACUGGGAUGAAAACCUUGAAAGAGCUUAUUGCACAUAUUGUGGUACUUGACAUUGAGUUUACUCUAGCAUUUAUUUUCUCUAUUUUGGAUAAAUGCACCCAAUUGGGAGACAUUUCUCUGCUCAUCCACAGCGAUGUUGAUCCACGUGUUGCUGGAAACCUCAUCUCCACAUGCAGAAGUAAAUUUCCAGGAGUGAGAUGGAGAUGGGGAAUAUGGAAAGAAGGAAUCAAGGAUACUUGGGUUUCUGAUGGCAUCUAGAUUGUUUUACUGAUAGGAUUAGGACUUUGAAAGAUUUUGAAUAAAUUGUGUUGAAGCAGCUUCAUGGUGUAAGAGUAACCUGCAGUUAGUGUAUAAUAUCAUAUGGUAGUGUAGUUUCUGUCUUGUGGAUAGUUUUUUUUCUUCCACUUUCUGUAUAUUUGUAUAUUUAGAUCUUUGAACUGGUCAUGGUCACCGCUCACUUGUUCUGACUUCUGAGCAUAUGUAUAUAUUGUUGGAUAACUAUGGUAACAAAAAUCUAUAUCUUUAA